UGCUGUCAAUUUAAAAUAUACCCAGUCACCGGAGGAAGGCUACAUUUUUUGUUUUUCUCAGCCGCUGUGUUAAAAUUUUCAAAUAAAUCAGUAAAAUAGCAUGGAUUUCUCACAGGAUUAUGGUAUCCACGACAAUGCCGUUAGUACAGGCACAACCAUCAUGGCAGUUGAAUUUGAUGGAGGCGUAAUCAUCGGCGCAGAUUCCCGCACCAGCACUGGGCUCUUUGUGGCCAAUCGUGUCACAGAUAAAUUAACUCGCAUUACAGACAAAAUCUACUGUUGCCGUAGUGGCUCCGCCGCUGAUACACAAGCAAUCGCUGAUAUUGUUUCUUACUCCCUGAAUUACCAUGAAAAUCAAACUGGUGAAGAACCAUUGGUUGCUGAGGCUGCAUCAGAAUUCCGCAACUAUUGCUACAACUAUCGUGACAGCUUGCUGGCAGGCAUUAUUGUGGCUGGUUGGGAUAAAAGAAACGGCGGACAAGUGUACUCCAUACCAUUGGGUGGCAUGUUGAAGCGCGAAGCAGUAACAAUUGGUGGUUCUGGUUCGAGCUACAUUUAUGGGUUCGUUCGUGAAUCGUAUCGUCCGCAAAUGAGCAAGGAAGAUUGUGUUGCCUUUGUGGUGAAGGCUGUAAAACAUGCUAUCUAUCAUGAUGGCAGCUCAGGUGGUGUGGUUCGUAUUGGCAUAAUCACAGAGGAUGGUAUCGAGCGAAGAGUAUUUUACAAUACAGAAUCUGGCAAUCCAGUUGAAAUUGGAAAUUAAUGAAAGUUCUUUUUAUAAAUAAAAAAAUUACGAAUAAGUGCUGGAUUUAUGUAGGUUUUUGAUUAAAUAUGUUUACUACAAUAAAUACUUUGGAAAUAUGAA